UUAUCCCACUAAUUUUCUGCUAUUUCCUAAAAAAAUAACCCAAACAAGAAGUUUAACUUGUUGAAUAAAGAUUAUUUUAACUAUGAAUCGCUUCUUUUUCUUGCAGAAUGCCACCAAAAGGACCUUUACAGUCCGUUCAAGUCUACGGUCGAAAGAAAACUGCCACGGCUGUAGCCCACUGCAAGAGAGGAACAGGUUUAAUCAAAGUCAAUGGCAGACCUUUAGAUUUAUUGGAACCACAAGUUCUAAGAUACAAGCUCCAGGAACCAGUUUUACUGUUAGGAAAAGAGAAGUUUGCUGGAGUUGACAUCAGAGUCAGAGUUAAAGGUGGUGGACAUAUUGCACAGAUAUAUGCUAUCAGACAGGCUAUCUCAAAGUCUCUAGUAGCUUACUAUCAGAAAUAUGUUGAUGAGGCAUCAAAGAAGGAAAUCAAGGACAUGUUGAUCAGUUAUGACAGGACAUUAUUGGUAGCUGAUCCUAGACGGUGUGAACCUAAGAAGUUUGGAGGUCCAGGUCCCCGUGCUCGUUACCAGAAGUCAUACCGUUAAAAUGGACAUUCUUCUGGUGUACAUUUAUCAGUAAAGAAAAAAAAUCUA